CCACCUCCGUAUUCUUUAAUUGCUGAUUAGUUAUGUAAGCCAAAGUUUUUCUUAUUAUAAUGCCAAGUCUUUCUUUAAACUAUUUUCUGGUCAGAAAUCUUUCUUCAAUUAAUCUUUUGAUCAGAAGUCUUUCCAUAAUUUCCGGGUGUUAUAACAUUUCUUUUCCUAUAUAUAUCAGAAGCUUGAUCAACUAUCUGUUAACUGAACCUAGCCGUGCUAUUUUCCUAGCCAAACUUUGGAUGCUGGUUUGCUGAAAUUGACCUGAGCUGACGUAGAUAUCCUUGCUCAUUGUUCAGCUCACUUUACAGCUCAUUACAGCCUGUAAUUUGUUUUUACUGGUUAGGAAAGUUAGUUGGCUUGACUUUGCUUGUGCCUAUAAAUAGGAGUGGCUUGUAAUAAUGUUCUACGUUCUGAUUAAUACAAAAACUCUGAGGAUAUUUCUAGAGCUUUUCUCUCUUGUUCUUUACAAUGCUUAAGCUUUCUGAAGAUAUCACUGCAGGCCACUUCAAUAUAUUGAGCACGGCGGCAGGAAGUCCAGGAACAGUAUCUCCUUGUGCAUUUGUUCCCGAAGUUCUCAAUAGAUUCAACUACGAGGAUUGGAGUCUUCGAGUCGAAACCUAUUUGUUGGCUGAAGAUUUAUGGGAUGUAGUGGAAGCGAGCAACGAACCUGCCAAUGAUGAAAGGGAAUAUAAGAUUUGGAGGAAGAAAAAUGCGAAGGCUUUGCUUGCAAUUCAGAUUUCUUGCGGGUCAGACACUUUCUCUUUUAUUAGGAACACCAGAACGGCCAAAGUUGCCUGGGAUGCUUUGGCAGCAAAGUUCAAGCCACGACUAGUCAACCUUCCGGAAUAUGAAAGCAACACAGAAGACUUCAGUGUGUAUGUACCUUUCUUCGAUGCUGUGAGGAGUGGUGAUUGGAGUAUUGCAACUGAGUUUCUUACCAACAAUCCCAACGCAUUAACUGCAAGAACUCCAUAUUCAGGUAAGACAGCUCUUCACAUUGCAGUGGAUACUUGUGACGUACAAAUUGUUGAGGCAGUGGUGCAACUGAUGCGAUCGGAGGACUUGGAAAUAAAAGCCAAUGAUGGUAAAACAGCCCUUGCUUCUGUUGCGGAUGUUGGAAUCAUCGAAAUGGCCAGAUGCUUGGUUAGCAAGAACAACAAUGUAGUUGCCAUUGGUGAUGCUUAUAAUAUGCUUCCAGUUGUCCUCGCUUCUAAUAAAGGGCAUUGGGACUUGGCAACCUAUCUCUAUUCUGUAACUCCUGCGGAGGCUCUAUUGUGGGAACGCAAUGGUGCUGCUCUUGUUUGCCAUUGUAUUUAUAAUAGAAAAUUUGAUAUUGCAUGGGAUUUACUUAACCAUCACCCAAAGCUAGCUGUUGCUAUAAACCACUUCGGGGAAUCUCCUUUGAAGGCAUGGUCCAGUGUGCCUUUUGCAAUUUCGAGAGGAUCGAGACUCUCAGUUUUCCAGCGAUGGAUCUAUGACGCUAUACCUAUACAGCCGCAUGACCUAAAUAUACAUAUGCAUAUGGGAUCAGUUCCAGAUCAUGGACAAGGUGUACAUUUAUUUGAAAGACUGGUUAUGUGUUUCCUAGUAUUAUCUGGAACCAAAAUGAUAUAUGAAAUGAAGCUGAUCCAUGUUCGUUCCCUUGACUUUCUCCAUCACACGGCCAAAGUGAUCAAAGAUUUAGAUGCUAAACAAAUGCAAGACGCCUUGGUAUAUGAAGCAAUCUUCCAAGCUGUCGACCAAGGGAACGUUGAGUUUAUUACUGCUAUAUGUAAAGCGAAUCCAGAACUCAUGUGGAGCACUGAUGAAGAGAAAAGGACCCUGUUUCAUCUUGCAAUUAAAUGUCGCCAAGAAUCAGUCUAUAGCCUCAUAUAUGGACUCUCUAUGAGACAUGCAUUGCCAAAUCUUGUAGAUAAAUAUAACAAUAAUUUGCUGCAUAUGGCUGCGAUGGUGUCUCCUUUAAAACGGCUUAACGAUAUACCGGGGGCAGCUUUGCAAAUGCAGAGGGAGCUACAAUGGUUCAAGGAGGUGGAAAGUAUUCUGCCAAGGAAGGCCCGUGAGUUAAAAAAUUUUACAGAUCAUAUGACACCACGUGAACUGUUUACUAAGAACCACAAGGAAUUGAUGAAGGAGGGAGAAAAGUGGAUGAAGGACACAGCAAACUCUUGUACUGUACUGGGUGCUCUGGUUAUUACAAUCGUGUUCGCUGCGGCAAUCACAGUUCCAGACGACUUCCUCAAAUCUUUGCCUACAAAGAUGACAAUUGGCCUAGCCAGCCUUCUCUAUUCUAUCAACACCAUGAUGAUUGCCUUUUGUUCUGCCAUUCUCAUCAUGUUCAAUGAAAAUACAUGGAUGAGUGUUCCCAUCAUGCUUCUUGCAAGUAUUCCGGUUACCUUAUCUGUGUGGAUGUUGUUUCCCCUGUUUGUCCAAAUGUUCAUUUUUACGUUUGGUCGUGGAAUAUUUGAUAGGAAAUUCAAGUUUCGGUACUAAACUCCUGACUCCUAACGCUAUGAUGAGGAAGGCUUUGGUUCUGUAUCCUAUUAAAAGCUUUGCACUUGUGUCAUUUGUUCCUUUCAGUUAAUCGAAUAAUAAAAAAAACAUAGCUUUUUCUAUUCAUUUGUACCUUUUCCCCAUGUAUUAAUUCAGAUGAUCUUCGGUGUAAGCCCAAUGAUAGCUCGCCAUGUAUAAAGUUCUUCAGUUUUAAGAAUAUUUUCUAAUAUUUAUAGACCAACAA